AUGGAAUCACCACAAACACAAACGUGGUACGGAGCCGCUCUCGGAACCCUCCUCGCAUCUGCACUAAACGCGUGGUACUUUCUUCUGAUUUUGCUCUGCCUUUCAGAAAGGUUCAGGGGCUGGCGAAAGAGGGUGGAGGACUGGUUAGACGACCACAACAAGUGGGCCAAGGAGAAGGCUGCGGACAAGGCCAAGGAGAAGGCUAAGGAAAAGAAUAUAACCAAAGCGGCGGAGAGAGAUGAGUUGGGGAAAAUGGUGGAGAAGAGGGUGGCGGCGGGGGUGAAGAAAGAGUUAGAGGAGGAGAUGGAGGAGGAGAUUAAGAAGCAGAAGGGAGAGUUGGUGAAGCAGGGGAGGACAGAAGAGAGGAAGAGACAGGCCAAGCGAGCCGAGCAGAUGGAGGAGAAGUUGAAGGAGCUAAGGGCGCAGCUGCAGAAAACCGUGGCCCUAAUAGUGUGA